GUUGCAGCUGUCACUCGUAGAUGUCGUUUGGCGUGAACCUAACCUUAAAUAACUUGGUUGCAGGAGUAAAAAUUAGAAAAUAUGUAACACAAUUAGUUUAAUUCUAAAUAAUGCAGGUUGAUGAUUUGUUUUUAAGUGAAAAAGUGGUUUGUUAUUGGGGAUAAGAUGUCGAAAACCAAAUUAACUAGUGCUAAAUCAGAGUUACCACGGAUGUUAUUCUACAUAUGCAUUGUGAUAUUUUCACUAAAACUAUCCAUAUUAACUGUUAUAAAUCUGCACUGGGAGGAGCAUAUUUCCUACCCAAGGGGUAGCAUAUUGUUUGUGUUAGGGCUUUUCUUUUUUACACAUCUCUAUUUUGCUAUAAAUGCCGCCUUCACUGGUACCAAUUGCGGUAGAAAGAUUGUCAAGUCUUUCAACCUCAACAACAGUGAUAUACUGGAGAUAAGUAAUAAGCAAGUCUCAGCCGUGCAAGCGAUUUUUUGUUGCGUGACAGGGGCGACGUGUAGCUUGUACUCAUGUCGUCGAAACAUUUUGCGCACUUCGCACUACAUUUCAGAGGCGUACGCAUGGUUUGGCGCAGCGUACUUUUUCUACGACAUAUGGUCGAUGUACCGCGUGCACAGGGCCAAAGUGGAGAGCAAAGCCUACGUUAAGGAAAACGGGAAUAUCAGGAAAAGGGAGGAAAAUUUGCCGGAAAAAAUUGUCGGCUACUUGAGAACUAACGGGGUGAUCGUUGGGCAUCACUUGUUCGUGGGGAUUUUUGCAUUCCUCGUUAUAACGCAUUUAAGAGGAGGGUUUGGAGACUGCUUUUUCGGUUUUGUAUACCUAAUGGAAGCUAGUACUCCUUUCGUUUCAAUCCGCGGUAUACUGUCGAAAAUUGGGAUGAAAGAUUCGUCGCUGUACGUUUACAACGGCAUCAUAAUGCUGGUGACGUUCUUCCUAUGCAGGGUUGCCAUGUUUCCAUACGUUUUGUACGCUUAUGGUCAAGUGAUUGGCUUGGAUUUUAUUUCGACGAUCCUGUCACUACCGAGGGGUUGCCAAAUUUCCAUCGCAAUCUUGCUUUUGCCUCAAGUGUACUGGUUUUGGUUGAUGCUCAAAGGAGCGACGAAAAUAGUGACUAACAGUGGUAAAAAAAUUAGUCAAAAAGAGGGGCUGGAAAGCGAAUUGAAAAAUCAGGAAAAAAUACAGUGACCAAUAUAAUAAUACCUACUAGGAAAAUAUGAAUGUAUUUAUUAUAAAAAAAGAUACUUAUAAAGAAAACAAAUCUUUUUAUAAAUUCUUUUUAUCGCCAAAACACAAUGUAUUUUUUGAUAAAUUAUUACCUACUGUACAAUAAACAAGAACCUUUAAUGAUUUUGUCUACAAACUGAAAAACUCGUCUAUCUCGUUUCCUAUUCGUUGGACAAAAAGUUUUUGUUUCAAAAUGUUUUUGUCAGGCCAAUAAAAAACGAAAUAAAACUUUUUUCUUAAGUGGGGAAGCAGACAUUUGACAUUUUAUGUAAGUCAAAAUAUUCUUGCUGUUGUACCCUUAAGUCACGUUUUUGCUAUAAAUGUUGUAUCUAUGUACCUAAAUUUGACUGAUUUUUAUAAACAGUUAAUUCAAAAAUAUUUCACCUCCUUGUAUGUAUGACAUUAAGAUUUUUUUUGAUGCAUGAUUUUAUUGUUGAAAAAUAAAUUAUUUAUAUAAUAUCAG